AUGUCAACACCAUUAUCAUCAACGUCAACGUCCACAUCCACAUUCACAUCAACACCAACGACAACAUCAACAACAAUUACCACUACUCAGCAAUCACGAUGGUCUAAUACUGGCAGUAUGAAUAAUGCACGACAUGAACACACAGCAUCCUUGUUAACAAAUGGAAAAGUAUUAGUUGCUGGUGGUAACAAUGGUCAUGUUCUAAAUAGCGCUGAGUUGUAUGAUACAUCAACAGGAACUUGGACAAUUACUGGUAGCUUGAAUACCACACGAUAUGGACACACAGCAUCCUUGUUAACAAAUGGAAAAGUAUUAGUUACUGGAGGAUAUAGUGGUAGUAUAUUUCUAAAUAGUACUGAGCUAUAUGAUCCAUCAACAGGAACUUGGACAACUACUGGUAACAUGAAUAGUGCACGAAACUUUCACACAGCAUCCAUAUUAACAAAUGGAAAAGUAUUAGUUAGUGGCGGAUAUAGUGGCAUUAGUAUCGUAAAUAGUACUGAAUUAUAUGAUCCAUCAACAGGAAUUUGGACAACUACUGGUAAUAUGCAUAAUGCACGAGAUGGACAUACAGCAUCCCUAUUAGCUAAUGAAAAAGUAUUAGUUGCUGGUGGCUUUGGUGAUCAUACUUUUCUAAAUACUGCUGAGUUGUAUGAUCCAUCAACAGAAACUUGGAGAACUACUUAUAACAUGCAUAAUGCACGAGAGUAUCUCACAGCAUCCGUGUUAACAAAUGGAAAAGUUUUAGUUACUGGCGGAUCUGCUGGUAGUACUACCAUAGAUACUGUUGAGUUAUAUGAUCCAUCAAGAGGAAGUUGGACAAUUACUGGUAAAAUGAAUAAUGCACGACAUAAUCAUCAAGCAUCCUUGUUACCAAAUGGAAAAGUAUUAGUUACUGGCGGAUCUUCUGGUAGUACUAUUCUAAAUACUGCUGAGUUGUAUGAUCCAUCAACAGAGAGUUGGACAAUUGAUGAUAGCAUGAAUAAUGCACGAGAUUAUCAUACGGCAACCAUAUUGACAGAUGGAAAAGUGUUAAUUGCUGGUGGAACUGUUGGAAAUACUACUCUAGAUACUGCUGAGUUAUAUGAUCCAUCAAUAGGAACUUUGACAAUUAUCAAUAAAAUGAAUAAUGCACAAAAUAAUUAA